AUGGUGUUCCGGGAUUUCUUCGGUCGGAUAGAGGACGCGUUCGAUCGCCUUGUCAGGUUCUACUGUCGCGGGCUGCAGCGCUACCCAUGGCCGCUGUUCAUCUCGUGAGUGGCAGGCAUCCAAUGAAAGACUCACACUCUCAGACUGAUCCGCUUACUUUCUGGAUGGGUGCAGAGCAUGUUGCAUCCGUGUCCUUUUCAGGUAAAAGAAUCACCCCUGCCUGCCUACCUACCGGUUGUGUCUGUGUGUACAUCUGUCCCUUCCGGCAUGCAGUGGGCUCGGGGCUGUUCGGAUGGGACUGUCAGGUGAGUGGAAGAGGUCGAGCUGCGUUCGGACAGGCAUGCUGGCGGUGUUGAAUCACCACACAGUGUGUGGAUGUCUUGUGUAUGGAUAUAUAUGGACAGACUCAACUCAAUACGAUUGGAUUAUUGCGUCGUCCCAGGUAUGGCAGUAAGCAAGAGAGCACAUCGACACAAUGACUUCCGAUUACGUUCCAGGCCAGCAAGAACCUUGACGCGUUGGUGGAUGCCCAAAAGCGAGUGGAUCAACCGGCGGGAGGCUCGGGGGAUGACGCAGAUCCAGGUCAAGCAGUGAGGGGUAAUCUAGUCACCAGAUGGUAUCGGUGUGCCUGUCUUCCUUGCAGAGCGUUCUGAGACAGCGCACACAGUCACAUUUGUCUACAGUCACAGAAAUAGUAAGACGAAGACCACCAUUUUCACGCCUGAGGUCAGCCAGAAGAUGAGCUGACGCAUUGGCGGCCCCGGUCAGUUUCCUUGGCUUAUGCGGGGGGGUCCAUUUCAGCUGCUCCAACAAAUGUGCGAGGUGGAGAGAGUCUUUACGACACACAAAGACUGGCCGGACAACUGCGUGCUUGACCAGGACGACAAAACCCAAUGCGCAUUCCCAAGUGACCGCAGGCGGGAAGGAUAGGAGGAAGGGAGAUAUGCAUGGGCGGGCGCACGUCUGUGCUGUCUCGUCAGGUCGUUCGGUGGUGGGACUCUUCUACGGCACUGACGCAGUGGACUAUGAUAACUGUCCUCGACUGGACUAUUCGGUCGUCAGUGCACGCGAGAGAUUCCUGUAUGACAACCUCACCACCAGCGAAGGCCUGCUUUCAAUGGGUUUCUUCGUCGAUAACGUAUGGGCCGCCAUACAUUAUCAUAGUGGGCGGGCGCUGAGAUGGUGUGGGUGCUUUGGCUGUGUGAUGACAUCAGGGAGUCAAAAUAGGGACGACAGACACGACAGGUGCUGCUCGGAAUACGAGGUCGUCCUUGUCCACUGGGUAAGACUUCUAAGUGGGCUCCGACUUAACCGAACAUCGCACGAUUGUGGGUCUUGGCAGGGGCCCGCUCGAAGGAUACGACAGUCUUGACGACGAUCAACCAAGUCAAUGGACCGAGGUAGGGAUGCUGCUUUGACAACCUGGCGUCAGUGUGCGUUUUGGUCUGCAUGUGCCUGCCUUCUCCUGCAUGUCCGCCGAUCCGUUGCAGCACGUCAAAUUCAUCAGCAAGGUGGAGCUGGAUCUGCUGAAGCUCUUCGGCAAAAAGCCGCAGGGUGAGUACUGA